AUGUCUGCCAUCUACGCGGACGUGCUCAUUCACGGGUGCAAAUACGGGAAGGUGGACGAUGUCCGCAUGUGUCUGAAGAAAGGCAUCGAGGCAGACGGCCAGGGCAACGAGUGGACUCCGUUCAUGUGGGCUGCGUACUACGGCCACAUCGACGUGGCCAAACUUCUGGUGGAAUUCGGAGCCGACACCGACCACGUGUGCUACUACGACGGCAAGGAUGCCACGGACGCCGCCAAGGAAAACAACCAGAAUGAGUUCCUCGAGUACCUAAAGACGUUGCCGCUCAAGGGGAAACCUGCCCUUGUGACGUUGAAUGGACAAGAGAAUUCUUCAUAUUUGGGCGAAGCUACUUCGGUGGUCGCACCUCCCUUGAACAUGGCAUCAGCCCAAUGCCCAGAAAACACGACCCCCCCUUGCUGCUUUUUCAACGGCUGCGGUAAACCUGCGGUGGCCAACUCGUGGAAGUGCAGCUUCCACCGCAACCGCGGCCGAUGCCUCGUCGACGAGUGCACCAAUCAGGCGUACGCGCGUCAAUUAUGUGCCCGUCACGGUGGCAAGAAGAAGUGCUUUGUGGACGGAUGCAAUUUGAGCGCCCGCCUCGCCAACGUCUGCUACAAGCACGGGGCGCGCAACUUGAACAAGAAAUGCAUCCACGACGGCUGCACCAAGCCGGCCCAAUUCCAGCAAAAGUGUGUCCGGCACGGCGGAGGCCGCAAGUGCAAAGUCGAAGGGUGCUCGGCGCAUGCCCGCUGCGGUGGGUUGUGCUGCCGGCAUGGUCGAGAAGUGGGGAUUGUGCGCGAGAAGAAAGCCAAACCCCCAAUCGACCCUCCGUCCAGUCCAACAUCCAGCAGCACUAGCAGCAGCAGCAGUGGUGGUGGUGGUGUUCACUACCACGACAGUUUGUUCCGUAAUGAGCAUACGCGACCCAACCAUGUGAACACAGAAAACAUCACCCAGAGGACCAAUGUCGUUCUAACGGAAACGUUUGCGAUCGCGGACUGGGACGAUGUCGACUGGGAACUCGUGAUCGCGCCCAUGAUUCCGUUGAAUUUGCCGCGACAACCAGCCAAGUGCGACCUCCCGUGGACCAACGACAUGUUGGAGUUCUUACGCUCACUCUAAGUGGUGUGUCCUUGUAAUUUAUUGUUAUUAUAGUAUGUCGUCGAG